UUAGACAUCUGGUAACACUGAACGGCAACACGUGCGGCCGUACCGUAUUCAAUAUACACAGCUCACUUAUUUUUCGCAGCUAAAAGUUGAAUUAGCCGGAAUAUGGUGACGCGCAAGAAGCCAGUGAAGCGCAGCGCCGAGGCUGCAGAAAUCCAGAUGGAGGAUGACGAGGAGGCGACUCAGCCGAAGAUGGCCAAGGAGUUGAUGGUGGUCGCUCAGGAGGUAAAAAUUGUCCGUGCUCUGGCCUCUAACGAUGUGAUACUGCGGAAUCGUCAGAUCCGCAAGUUGCCGAAGUGGUUCAAGGUCCGGGCCAGCAGCUCCUUCCCCAUCACUGAGGAGAACUUCAUGCGCAUCUGGAAGGGUUUGUACUACAGCAUGUGGAUGUCGGACAAGCCGCUUGUCCAGGAAGAACUGGCCGAGCAGUUAGCCCAGAUGGUGGACGCCUUUAACGGUAAUACGGCUUGCAGUCUAGGCUUUUUCAGUGCGUUUAUGCGCACCAUGUGCCAAGAGUACUUCGGCAUUGACCAGUGGCGUAUGGACAAGUUCUUGAUGCUAACCCGCCGCAUGGUUCGCUAUGUUCUCCGUCUGCUCAAGCAAAACAAGUGGUCGGCGGACCUGAUCGCCGCCUUUAACAGCAGCAUGCAGCUUUCCGUACUCUCGGAGCAGCCCAAGAGUCGCGGCAUGACCAUGCACUAUCUGGAUGUCUUUUUUGAGGAGCUGGCCAAGGCUGCCGAUGGCGAGAUCAGUGCCGCCCAGGUCAAUUUGUUUUUGCGUCCGUUCGUCACCUAUAUGGCCACCCAGCGAGAUGCCAAGCUCGUAGCGCAGUGCCGCACUAGGGUGUUCUAUCACCUGCUGUAUCAGAGCGACCUGGGACGCGAGUACAGCGAAAAGUACAAUGCCUGGAAACUGAUGGGAUUCCCCACUGCCUCUAUCGAUGACAUUGAGAAACUGGACUCUGGCUUUGACGAGGAGGAUGAUGAGGGCAACGCCGAGGAAGAGCCGCCACGGGCUACAUCUCUAGACCCCCGGGCUGGCAACGUAGAUGUUCACAUGCCGGAGCUGCCGCUCAACGCUGAUUGCGUCCUAGAUGAGCUGCAAAAGCAGCUGCGCACGAAUGAGUUCAACAGCAAGCGCCGUAAGGGUCUGCGGAAGCUCAUUCAGAUUUUUGAGACCUACAAGGGCGGAGAGUUUCCACUUGGAGUGCGCACUAUGCCAAAGGUUGAGGGCCAAACUCUUUCCGAAAUGGUAGAACAAAAAGUGGCUGCUAUUGAUGAAAUGGAGGAUGAAGUUUUUGGCACUGGCAGGAAACUCAAGAAGCUAAAUAAAUCCAAGCGCAAGCGCCUGCUGCAGUCCAUUAACUUUGAAGAAGUGGAUGAGCAUAACUAUGACGAUGUUAUCGGUAAGGCUCUUCCCCUAGAGCUGCAGAAAAAGGUAAAACACAACGCAAAGGUCCGGUCCAGUAUAAACAACGCCUGGGUGGUAGAAGAAGUUACAGAUACUCACGGAACUGCAGAUGACAAAGAAGACAAGCAGGCUAAGUCAAGGGCAAAAAAAGCAAAAAAGGAGGACACGCCCAUUGCGAAAAAAAUCGAGCAGUCAAAGGCAAAAAAGGAGGGGCAGAAUAGGGACAGCAAAGAGCAGUCUAAGUCCCAGGAAGACCAGUUAAAGCCCAAGGAAGAGGAGUCCAAGCCGAAGAAAGAGGAUCUGCCCGAGACCAAAAAGGAGGAGCAGCCUAAGAUGAAAUCCACUCAAAAAACCGAUAUUUCUAGCGAUAAUGAAAUCACCACCGCCACACCACAAACUGCCAACGGGUGGGAUGCCCCUCUAGAGGCUGGCGAGCAAGACAUUUUCGUUCCUUCGCGCAAACAAAAACUGAAGCAGGUCAACACCAAGCUGCAAAAGUCAACGCCAAAACAGGCUGCGCGUCUGCAGUUUGCCACACCUCAAACUGGAAGUGCAAAACGUGUGCGGAUCAUGACCAAGAGCAACUGCGUCUAUCCCAAGAGCGACUACUACCGGCAACUUAAGCUGUCUCCGCAGCUGCCCUACGAUGCAAAUCGUUUGCCUGGCAAGAGCGUUCUCAAGCCGCACGUGUUACCGGGUCCAAUUCAUCCUAAUUUCAAAGGGGCUAAGCGAUUAUUCAACGACACGCUGUGACACUGCGUCCAGUGGCUGCGAUUAGGAUCGGGAGAGGUUCAGGAACAUUAACGUGGUAUAAUCCGAGAAGGUCUGAUCUGACAGGAUCUCCUGCAUAUAAAAAACUAUCCCAAUGUCCUCGGAGAUUAAGGUGCCACAUCCACCAUAUACAUGUCUUACGCUGAUUUUAUAAUAUUAACUGAUAAACACUAAAGCUUCCAUGCGAUAUUUUGCUAAUUUAAAAUGGUACUGACUUUAAUUAGUCCAAAAUGCAUUUUAACAAAACUUUAAAGUUUUCAAUUUUCCAUAAUAAUUGAAAUUUUUACUGCGUUAUGUGCUGUUUUGACUAACCAAUUUAUAAGGUUAUCUAAAUGCCAUUUCAAUAAGAUCCGCAUAAGACAUGUACUAAAUGUAACCCCUUAAUAUUUUAGUAGUUACAAUUACGACUUAAUGUACUAUUGCUUGUAGGCCAUUUUAUGUUCAAGCUAUCCUCUGAGUUGAUACUGAAAUAAAAGCAAACGUAGUAUAUGUAAAAUGAUAUACAAAACACAA